GCCCGCCCGCCCCUUGCUCCUCGGGCGGCGGGAGACGCUGUCAGUCGGCCGGGAUGGAAGUGCUGUGGGCGGCGGUGGGGCUCCUGCUGGCGCUGGCCCUCCUGGCCUUGGUCCUGUACUGCUGCUACGUGCAGUACAUCCACGCCAAGUACGACUACAUCCCCGGCGCGCCGCGGCAGAGCUUUUUAUUUGGACACCUGCCAAUCAUAUGGAGAAUGGUGAGGAAACAGGAGUUCACACCAGAUGUCUUGCUGCAGUGGGCAGAGAAAUACGGACCUGUUGUACGAAUUAAUGCCUUUCACAGAAUCUCAGUAUUGGUUGUGUGUCCUGAAGGAGUGAAGGAGUUCUUGAUGUCACCACAGCACCCAAAGGAUCCAACGGUGUAUGGUAGUCUCUUCAGCCUGUUUGGUGAGAGGUUUCUAGGGAAUAGCUUGGUAACUGUUUGCAACCAUGAGCACUGGCACAAGCAGCGGAGGAUAAUGGAUCCAGCCUUCAGCCGAAGCUACCUGAUUGGUCUGAUGGAAACUUUUAAUGAAAAAGCAGAGGAGCUGAUGGAGAAGCUGGAGAAAAAGGCAGAUGGAAAAACAGAGUUUAGCAUGCUGUCGAUGAUGAGCCGGGUGACUAUGGAUGUCAUUGGAAAGGCAGCCUUUGGUCUGGAAUUGAAUGCCCUGAGUGAUGACCAGACACCUUUACCCAACGCUGUGACUAAGAUCAUGGAGGGACUGAACAAGGCACGCGACCCCUUCAUAAGGUUCAUGCCAGGAAAGCAGAAGAUGCUAAGGGAGACCAGGGAGAGUGUGAGGCUGUUGAGACGUGUGGGGAAGCAGUGCAUUGACCAGAGGAGAGAAGCCAUCCAGAAUGGGAAAGAAGCCUCAAUGGAUAUUCUUACACAGAUACUGAAAGGAGAUGCUCUGGAGGAGACUAGAGAUGAUGAAAACAUUCUGGAUAACUUUAUUGCUUUCUUUGUUGCAGGUCAUGAAACCAGUGCCAAUCAGAUGACAUUUACAGUAAUGGCACUGGGUCAGCAUCCUGAAAUACUGGAAAGGGCUCAGGCUGAAGUGGAUGAGGUUCUUGGUGCCAAGAGAGAUGUUGACUAUGAGGAUCUUGGCAAGCUCACCUACUUAUCCCAGGUUCUGAAGGAGUCGCUGCGGCUGUACCCGCCCGUCUCAGGGACGCUCCGCAGGCUGGAGAGGGAGCACGUCAUCAAUGGCAUCAAAAUUCCUGCCAACACCAUGGUCUUUCUCAGCACUUAUGUGAUGGGAAGGAUGGAAAAGUUUUUCAAGGAUCCACUUACUUUUGAUCCAGAGCGAUUCAGCAAAGAUGCACCUAAGCCAUAUUACUGCUAUUUCCCAUUCUCUCUGGGACCCCGAUCCUGCAUCGGGCAGGUGUUUGCACAGAUGGAAGUAAAAGUGGUGAUGGCAAAGCUGCUGCAGAGGUUUGAAAUACAGCUGGUGCCAGGACAGAAUUUCCAACUCAUCGAGGCUGGAACCUUAAAGCCACUAGAUGGAGUAAAAUGUAAAUUAAAGCCAAGGAUCUCUGUAAGACGCUGCCAGGCAUGACUGCUCAGGGAGGGGAGCGUGGCAUGCUGCUGGUAGUGGUUCUUCUGAUUUUGAAAAUCUUGGCACUAAUCAAAGGUUAGAGUUUGUAGACCCCCUUAGAGGAUCACUAGACUGAAAUUAUUUCUAAACUUCCUUAUAAUUUACUGAAGAAAACCUAGCUCAUGGUUUCCACUAAGCAUAUAUACAACACAACAUGGUCUAAGUAAGCCCUUGUUUGGGGAGUUUCUUACUCACACAAUGAAAUCAGAAAAGAGUAGAGCGUAGACAUGGGCUGAAUUGAGGAAGAGAAGUUUGGAGAUAGUCUCUUGGUCAAAGCAAUUUUUCUAUCCCUGCUCCAAAUGUGAAUAACAAUUGAUAGGAAUAAUCUGAAAAAAAACUCAAAAAAUCAGAGUCUGAGGCCACUACUUUUUCCUCAUGCUACUGCCUGAUUUUUUUUCAGUCUCUUCUGCUUUUCUUUUGAUAUUAUGCAAAGCAUAAAUUCCCAGUCCACACUGUAGAAAGGGAUUAUCCUGCUUCCUCCUGCCCUUCCACACAGCCUGUGCUCAUUCUUCUGAGACAUUCUUCUUUGUGGGGAAAGUCUUGCUGUGUUUAUUUUAACCUGGAUUCUCCCCAUAUUGUUUGCCACAAAGCUACAGUAACACUUAGACCAGAUGGUCUAGCAGGUACAGGAGGGCUGCAAAUAAGUGCCUGAACUGAAUGCUGCUUAAAAUGGUGUUGCCACUGAAGAAAUGUGUCUGCAAUUUGAGCCAGAGACAGGAAGGUCCUGCACCCCCUUGUGCUGCAGAUGAGCCUGAAGAUGUGUCUGUGAACACUGCAUGUAGGCUUGCAGCCAGGCCCCGCUAGGGAGAAAAAAGUAUCAUUUGAAAAUGCUGCCUUCCAGAAAUGUGCAUACCUAAUAGGAGUUUGGGUCUCCUCUAUCAUGAAAUACAGAGAAUUAAAGGCAUUUGAUGCUGCCACUUUUGUUUCUUGUCUUUCUGAAUUAAAAGAGCAAGAACACAGUCUG